GCCGGCUCUCGAUUAAAAGAAAAAAUCUUCGACGAGAUAAGCAGCAGCAGCCCAAGAAGAAGGUCUAGAAAAGGAAGAGAGAGGGAGAGAGAAGCUUCCAUUUGAACCCAUAGAGAUCCCGUCCCGUGGAGGAGAAUUUCUAGCAGACCGAUCUCUUUUCUCUUGUCUCUCUGUCUUUCUCGGAAACUGUCUAAAUCAUAAACUAUGGGUUUGUGGGAUGCUUUUCUCAAUUGGCUUCGCAGCCUCUUCUUCAAGCAAGAAAUGGAGCUUUCCUUGAUAGGACUUCAAAAUGCUGGAAAGACAUCUCUUGUUAACGUCGUUGCUACCGGUGGAUACAGUGAAGACAUGAUUCCUACGGUAGGGUUCAACAUGAGGAAAGUGACAAAAGGAAGCGUCACAAUCAAACUCUGGGAUCUUGGUGGUCAACCUAGGUUCCGCAGCAUGUGGGAACGCUACUGCCGUUCUGUUUCCGCCAUUGUGUAUGUAGUUGAUGCUGCUGAUCCUGACAACCUUAGUGUCUCGAAAAGCGAACUCCAUGAUUUGUUGAGCAAGACCUCGCUUAGUGGUAUCCCUCUUCUAGUCCUCGGUAACAAAAUCGACAAGCCUGGUGCUCUGUCCAAAGAUGACUUAACCGAGGAAAUGGGGCUCAAGUCGCUCACAGAUAGAGAAGUGUGUUGCUUCAUGAUAUCUUGCAAGAACUCUACCAACAUUGACCAAGUGAUUGAUUGGCUUGUAAAGCACUCCAAGUCAGCAAGCUAAACAAGAACCCGUCUGCAUUUUCUUCAUCUUUUCUCAGUCUUCCUGUGUGUUGCAACUCCUUUGAUGGUGGAAGAAUGACAAUUUUUUUUUCUUUGUUUUAAAUCCUGUGAGAAACAAGAUUUGUCUUUGUUUUUUUAUCCUCUUUCUUCUUCUUCUGUAUAUUAGUUUUGAUUUGUUUUCUUAAUUCACCUUCCUUCAGGGUCGGAUUUGAAAGAAUUAAAACGUACUGGGUUAAUUCAUAAUUUUCUAGAAA